AUGCAACAGGGUAGGCUCCUCUGCUCACUCGUACGACCCUGCCGUUUUGUUGCGCAUCGCCGAUAUCCCGCAGUUGUCACAUCUCCGUUGCGACGCUUCCACCUCUCGCAGGCUAGGUGCUCGUCCACACCUUCUGACCCCAAGGACAGCCGAGACCCAAUUUCCGAAAACCUCCCGGGCGGAAUCUCAACCCUCAAUGGCGGCCACAGUCCGAACGAACCCCAUGCGGCGGUUGAGACGCCAGUAGAACAGCCAAGCACAAAAGAGUCAGGCCCUUACGGUUCGGCGAUACGGAGAGCACUCAGGAAUAGAAAACGCACUAAAGAAGUUGCUAUUCCGACUGUCUCAGUCCCUGACUGGUUUCGCCAACGGAAUACAGUACUCAGCGAGGAGAGCACAAGGGAGACGCAACGGCAGGUGAACAUCCGCACCAUCACACCGGAUGGUAAAGCUUCUGCGGAUGGUAAAGCUUCUGGUGGUAGCGGAGACGAGCCCCCUGCAGGAGAUGAUUGUGUUGACACCCAAAACCGCUAUGCGUUGACGGACGCCUUAUGGGAAGAGCUAUGCGCCUCCGCCAGGGCUGGUUUACGACUACCGCCAGCAAAAUAUGCCACUGAGCCUUCAACACGCAAGUCGCACCUUGGCCUCCACUAUCCGGGCACCGAUGGGAUCUUGUUUUUAGACGCGGUAAUAAAACGUCUCGCGGACGAGCUCAGCGCCGACGUAAUGACGCUCAACGCGCAAGACAUCGCCCAGCUCUGCACCGAGCAGGAUUUAGCGGAUACAGGUAGAACCUCACCCAUCCGAUUGCUUGGCUACGAGGUGUACCGACCAUCAAUAUCGGAUGCGUGGCGGGAGUCUAGCGAGGGAAUAAAUGAUGAAGAGGAAGGCGACACGGACACGAUGAUUCCACGGAACUUCCGCCAGGACGGUAGACCGAAGUUCAUAACAAUCGAGAACUCUCGCGAACCUGGAGAUAUUCCCCUUCCCAACUUAUUCGGCCUCAAGGGCUUGGUCGCGGCAAUCAAUCCAUCAGACAGUUCGGCCGGCGCCACAUCCCAGCCGUCUUUCGAUCGAUCUGAAGAACGGAGACUUCAACUUUUGCAUAAGCUUCUCUCAUCUCCUGGAAAACUCUCACAGCAACCAACUAUUCAAAAUACAGCCAAUGAAGAGCCACCUAGCGACUCUGACAGUCCGCAACCGGAACAGACGCGUGAUAUUAUUGUUCAGGUCCAAGAUUGCGUCGACAUACAGAAUACCCGUGAAGGUUCCAGGUUCUUAAAUCUGUUACUUAAGGUUAUUCAAGAUCGCCGGAAGGACGGACAUCGGGUUCUAUUUAUUGGCACUGCGGCUCAAGACGUUUCCCCUGAUUCUGAUUCCUCAAGCCUACUGCAAACUGCGUUCGAUGAUCAGUACUCCCAGACGGUCCUUGUCACGCCGGCCAUGAAAGCUGAAGCUACGGAAAAGACCUUCGCGGAAGAUCGAAGAAAACGGACCUUAGAUAUCAACAUUCGACACCUUCAGAGCAUGCUCCGGACACGGCUUGAGGAGCAGCCUUCGGCAGUGAAGGAUGAAGUUUUCCAAACAACUUCUUGGCCGCUAGAAGAGCCUCUUGUGAAAGAUUCGGGUCUCGAUGAGCGGUAUUGGUCGUAUAAUCAGGUACACUGGGCGACAACACUUGCCCUUGGAAGCCUUCGUGGGGAUGAGGUGUUUGGAUUUGAGCACAUUCAGCGUGCGCUCAAAAUGAUACAGAAGACAGAUUCUAUCAGAGACGAGUGGCUGCAAGAACGAACGCCGAAACCCAAGCCCAACGAAACAGACAACAAUCGUGAGCGGUUGAUUUCCUCUCUCCGCAAAAGUUGCAACUCACACGAGAAAAAGCUGUUGAAUGGCGUUGUUGACGCAAAAAGCAUUCGCACUACCUUUGCGGAUGUGCAUGUUCCGCCCGAGACAAUUGACGCGUUGAAAACCCUCACUUCGCUAUCGCUUAUUCGUCCGGAGGCGUUUACCUAUGGCGUAUUAGCUACUGACAAGAUCCCGGGCUUACUUCUUUACGGACCUCCGGGUACUGGAAAGACUAUGCUUGCAAAGGCUGUGGCUCGUGAAAGUGGAGCAACGGUGCUCGAAGUCAGCGGGUCUGAAGUGUACGAUAUGUAUGUUGGUGAAGGGGAGAAGAACGUCAGGGCCAUUUUUACCCUGGCCAAGAAGCUUAGUCCUUGCGUCGUCUUCGUAGAUGAAGCAGACGCCAUCUUUUGCUCCCGUACUGGGGCCAGCAGCCGCACAUCCCAUCGGGAACUGAUCAAUCAAUUCUUGCGAGAGUGGGAUGGGAUGAAUGACACGUCUACGUUUAUCAUGGUUGCCACAAACAGGCCAUUUGAUCUAGACGAUGCGGUGCUCCGUCGCCUCCCAAGGCGAUUACUUGUGGACCUUCCCACCGAACAAGACCGUCACGCAAUCCUAAAGAUUCAUCUGAAAGAAGAAAUCCUAGAACCUUCUGUCGACCUCGCGGAAUUGGCACGUCGCACACCGCUAUACUCCGGCUCUGAUUUGAAAAACCUCUGCGUCGCAGCUGCGUUGGCCUGUGUACGGGAGGAAAACAGUUUGGCUCAGCAACAUACGGGAGAAGGUGCAUACCAGUAUCCCGAAAGGCGAACCUUGACACGGACACAUUUCACCCGCGGUAUGGAAGAGAUCAGUGCUUCCAUCAGCGAAGACAUGUCAUCACUUUCCGCGGUCCGUAAGUUCGACGAGCAGUAUGGAGAUCGCAAGGGCCGGCGCAAGAAGAGUCCCGGAUGGGGAUUCGCAACGCAUGUCAGUGAUGACGCUGCUGCAUCCGACGCCGCAAGAGUGCGAACGUGA